GUUUGAUUGAAAAUACAUGGAAGUAUGUAGAUAUGUAUGUAACAGAGUUUUGGCUCAAAGGGGAAAUUAGGGUUUAACGUCCCUUCUCACUCCCACUUUUCCCUUUCCGGCGCUUCCUUCUCCGUUCCACCAACGAUUUCCACCUGCUUGACGCUGCCGAUUUUUACAGGAAUUUCUCAACCUUUCUUAUCCAAAAGCAACCUUGUUUUGUGACCUACCGAGUAGUUCUGUCUGCAAAUGAAGAAUUCGUCACCAUUUGAACUGUCCAUACCUGAAAGAAUUAGUCAACAAUUGUUCCUCGCAUCAAGCUCUAACACCCUAGAAGCAUCCUUAGAAACCCUUAUUGAAGCUUCCAGAAGUUCUGAGGGUCGAUCAAAUUUGGCUUCUCAGAAUAUCCUUCCUUGUGUGCUAGAGCUGAUUCAGUGUCUCAUUUACACUUCUGGUGAUGUGCUUCUAUUGUCAUCCUUGAAGCUCCUAAGAAACCUAUGUGCUGGAGAAAUUAGAAAUCAGAACAUUUUCAUUGAGCAAAAUGGAGUUAGAGUUGUUUCGAAAAUUUUGCAGGAUGCUAUGCUGAUUAAUGAUCCUGAUCGUGUGACCAUUAGACUAGGACUACAGGUUCUAGCAAAUGUAUCACUAGCUGGAGAAGAGCAUCAACAAGCAAUUUGGCAUGAAUUGUUCCCUGACAACUUUCUUUUACUUGCUCGUCUUCCAUUUUGUGAGAUUUCUGAUCCUUUGUGUAUGAUCAUCUACAACCUAUGUAGUGGACACUCUGAACUGGUUGCAUCACUUUGCGGUGACUUGGGGUUGCCUAUUAUUGAAGAGAUUGUGAGGACUGUAUCUUCAGUUGGUUUUGUCGAAGAUUGGGUGAAGUUACUCCUUUCAAGAAUCUGCUUAGAAGAACUUUAUUUUCCUAUGCUUUUCUCUGGAUUACGCCCUAUUGAUACUUAUAAAGAUAGCAAUAUAGCCGAAUCUAGAGACAUUUCCUUUUCGUCAGAACAAGCAUAUCUUUUGACAGUCAUAUCAGAGAUAUUGAAUGAGCAAAUCGGAGAUAUUGUUGUUCCCAAGGAUUUUGCUUCGUGUGUGUAUAGAAUAUUUCAGAGCUCCAUUUCUAUCAUCGAUUCUACCCCGGUAUCUAAGUCUGGUCUCCCAACAGGCAGAAUUGCAGGAGAUGUUGUUGGGUACUCACUCACUAUUUUAAGAGAUAUUUGUGCACAAGAUAGCAAUAAAGGUGAUAAAGACGUCUACGAGGAUGCAGUUGAUGUGCUUCUCUCUCUUGGACUCAUUGAUUUGCUUUUAAGCAUUCUCCAUGAUAUCGAACCUCCAGCCAUACUAAAGAAAGCACUCCAACAAGUAGAGAAUGAAGAAGAUGGAACAAGUCUUCCAAACGCAGUAAAACCGUGCCCAUACAAAGGGUUUCGAAGAGAUAUUGUUGCUGUCAUUGCAAACUGUUUAUAUAGAAGGAAGCAUGUACAAGAUGACAUUAGACAGAAGAAUGGAGUGUUUGUGCUAUUACAACAGUGUGUUGCUGAUAAAAACAAUCCCUUUUUGAGGGAAUGGGGCAUAUGGGCUGUGAGGAACUUAUUGGAAGGGAACUUAGAAAAUCAGAGGUUAGUAUCUGAAUUGGAAGUUCAAGGUUCUGCACAUGUGCCAGAGAUUGCUGAACUUGGUCUUCGAGUUGAGGUGGAUGCGAAAACUCGAAGAGCUAAGCUUGUUAAUGCCUCACGACCAUUUCAAAACUCUUAGCUGGUGGCGUUUGGGACUUUAUUAUUAUAGUCCAUUACUUAAAAUAAACUACAGAUUAAAUAAGUAGGUAAAUUAAAUGUAUGUUAUUUUAGAAGGUGUAUAAUUUGUCUUCAAGAUUAUUCUUUAUCAUGCAAAUAUAAUUCAUUUUCAUUUUCUUUCUU